UUUUGUGACUCUAUUUACGCUUUUUUUUUUUUUCUUUUUCUUUUUCUUGCUUCAAAUAAAUGGGUUAUUGGGGAACAGUAACAAGUUCUGUGGAUUGGUGUGAAGAGAAUUACAUACAUUCUGAAUAUAUUGCAGAAUUUUGGAAUACACUUUCUAGUUUGGCCAUGGUUGCAUUAGGAUGGCUUGGUGUAGCACUUCAUCACAAGUCACUUGGAUGGAGAUUAUCAGCUGGCUAUCUGUUAAUUGUUAUUGUUGGUAUUGGAAGUAUGUUAUUUCAUGCUACUUUACAAUUUGAGCAUCAAAUGUGGGAUGAAGUACCUAUGGUAUGGACUGCAUGCUAUUUAAUGUGGGUAUUAUUGAGUGAACACGGCUAUCAGUCUCAGUAUCAUACGAUCGGCAUCAGUCUCUAUUGUGCCCUAGCUACAUUUGUUACUAGCCAGAACAAAGGCACCACUCAAUUCUAUAUGUUUCAGUCGUCUUUUGGUAUUGUGAUGUGGACAGACUUGUAUUUUGUCUACAAGAUCUAUUAUCAUACACAACUGGCUCAUAUCAAGCAAUUGUUUCAUCAAGGUGUUUAUUUGUUAGUGUUGGCUAUCAGUGUAUGGUUAUUUGAUGCCAAUCUCUGCUUUGUCUAUGCUUAUCUGCCUAAUCCUCAAUUACACGCAUGGUGGCAUUUACUGAUGUGUAGCAGCCUUCAUUAUUUUUUCGUAGCAUGCGGUCAUGAGUCAGUUGUUCGACGUGGUGAUCGAGCAGAAAUUAAAUAUUUUCUGAAUAUGAUUCCCUAUGUUCAGCAACAAAAGAACCAUAGCGAAUAAUUUUGUUGGGGGGACAUGAAUCGAUGGCUUUCCUUUUUAGUCUGAAUGCGGUCUUUUUUUGCAUAAAAAAAAAAAAGAUUAAACUUUUAGUAUGUAGUGUAGAAAUCAUGACAUAAUGAAUUAAAACACACAAAACCUAAAAAAAAA